AUGUCAGAGAAGAAAGAAUACAUCAACCCUGCGGGGCUGCGGCUGGACGGUCGUCGCCCGCACGAGUCUAGGCGCAUGACGUUGGAGUUCGGCAAGUUUCUAGGAUGCGAUGGCUCCUGUACGGUGACGACGGGGCUGUCUACUGUGUGCGCCACCGUCUACGGCCCGCGCGAGGUCACUAAUAGAUUGGAGGGCAAAUACAACGAGGUCAUCAUCACAUGCGAGGUGGCGAUUGCGGCCUUCGCCGGCGAAAAGAGGCGUGAGACGCAGCGAAGGUCCAGAUUGUCGGAGGAAAUCAGCGCUGCCGUGCUAGAGGUGGCUCGCUCUGUGGUGCUGCUGCCGCAGUACCCAAAUUCGCAGAUUCACAUCUGUGUGGAAGUACUGCGACAGGACGGAAGCGACAAGGCUGCCUGCAUCAAUGCGGCCUGCCUGGCCCUCGUCGACGCGAGUGUGGCGAUGCGGGACGUUGUGUAUGCCCAGACGGUGGGCCUGAUUAACGCCGUGGAUGUGGUGGACCUCACCACAGACGAGAUGCGUUCCCAGUGCCCGGUGAUCUGCAUCGCGGUGAAGGGGCACAAUCCUGCCAGCAUCGUCUGGAUGGAGUCAAACUGUCGUGUCACUCCGGAGGCCAUUUCCAGACUCGUCACGGUGGCACAAAAGGCCUCUCAGGCCGUUUUUGCGACAGCGCUUCGUGGGCCACUGGAGGACCAUGCGGCAGCUAUUCUUAAGCUGCAGGGUAAUCUUGGUAACAUCGAUUAA